CAUCCUGAUCCUGAUGAGCAAGUGCUUGCUGUCUUUUCUUUUCUCAAGACGGGAAGAGAACAUGAGACAUGGAAGGAGCCAAUCAGUCCACACUAGCUGAAUUUGUGUUGCUGGGGUUGUCAGAUCACCCAACACUGGAGAAAACCUUUUUUGUGCUCAUCCUGCUGAUGUACCUGGUGAUCCUGCUGGGCAACAGGGUCCUCAUCCUGGUGACCAUCCUCGACUCCCACCUGCACACGCCCAUGUACUUCUUCCUGGGCAACCUCUCCUUCCUGGACAUCUGCUACACUACCUCCUCGAUCCCCUUGGUCCUGGAUGGUUUUCUCAGUCCCAGGAAGACCAUCUCCUUCUCAGGCUGUGCCGUGCAGAUGUUUCUCUCCUUUGCCAUGGGAGCCACGGAGUGUGUGCUCCUGGGCAUGAUGGCGUUUGACCGUUAUGUGGCCAUCUGCAACCCCCUUAGAUACCCAGUGGUCAUGAGCAAGGCUGCCUAUGUGCCCAUGGCCGCCGGCUCCUGGGUGGCUGGUGGUACCAACUCCUUGGUGCAGAUCUCCCUUGCAGUGCAGUUGCCCUUCUGUGGGGACAAUGUCAUCAAUCACUUCACUUGUGAGAUCCUGGCAGUCUUAAAGCUAGCCUGUGCUGACAUCUCCAUCAAUGUCAUCAGCAUGGGGGUAGCCAAUGUGAUCUUCCUGGGGGCCCCAGUCCUCUUCAUCUUUGUCUCCUACAUCUUCAUCCUCUCCACCAUCCUGAGGAUCCCCUCUGCUGAGGGGAGGAAGAAGGCCUUCUCCACCUGCUCCGCCCACCUCACUGUGGUGAUCGUCUUCUAUGGGACCAUCCUCUUCAUGUACGGGAAGCCCAAGUCUAAGGAUCCACUGGGGGCAGAUAAACAGGAUGUUUCAGACAAACUCAUCUCCUUAUUUUAUGGGGUGCUGACCCCCAUGUUGAACCCCAUCAUCUACAGCCUGAGGAACAAGGAUGUGAAGGCGGCUGUGAAGAAUCUGGUGGGUCAGAGAUGUCUAAUUCAGUGAUAGUGAGGAAGUGGGUUAUUUCCCAGUUUUGUGAACGUCAAGGCUCGGCGGGGAA